AUGGAUUCUACAGAUGAGCUUGAAAACUCUUCUAGCAAAAAUGAACGUAAUAAUUUCAUUACUAGCGCUCCAAGAACUAUUUUUAGUAAUAACAAUAAUAUUGUGCAUAAAUUGUUCAAUAGAGAGGUAUUUGAAUGUACCUCAAGGAAGCAAUAUGAAAAGAGUAAGAAAUUGUUUGACCGAAUACCACCACGACUCCGUUUCUGUCUCAUGGAUAUUGUACCAAUGUCUUAUCUGAGAGAACAUGUAUUUAUGGGUUUCUCACAGUGUGGCCAGUUCCUUUUAAGUUUUACAUACAGUUGCAACACACAAGUAUACUUUAGGGAGAGCUCCAAGUUCACACUUCAUUUUCUAUUAUGGGUUCCUGGGCGUGUGGUUAAACCAGUCCACAGCAUACCUCUGUUUGGAGAUGACUGUGUGGACAGUAAGGUGACCAUUUCCAUGGCACAGUGGAAACAUAAUCCAGGCGUUGUUGUCGUCUAUGGUAUUGCGGAUUCCUGCUCUGAACGAUCCUACCUCAGUGUAAUCGGUGUACCCCGCUUGGGAUGUAAAAAAUGUGCAGCCUACUCUAGAGAUGAAGAUGAUCUCAACUGGGGCAAGAGAUGUUUAGAGCAUAACUUCGCGAUUCACACAAAGUUCUUCUGCACCUCAGACUCCAGCAUGUAUGAGCCAGUCGUGCAACUAGCUUAUUCCAAUCAAAUCAUUAUCUACACAGAUUUCAUCCACAUACUAGAGAUAGAUUUUGUUAAGUCGGACCAAGAAAAAAACGAAGUUCUAGAAGAAAACAAAUUCUCAUUAGAUAGGGAUGAAAUCAAUUCCAUAGAUACGAAUCCGAGUACGCCCGGCUCUGACGUGUCUGCUCCUUUCCAAUCGCCGAAAUAUCAGAAUAAUGUGGUUCAAAAUAUACUAGCCGAUUUCUCGGAUUUUGAAGUAGAACCAUACCAAAUGUCACGACCGGUGUUAUUGCCUGAUAUGAUGGGCCAGGAGCUGUGUAUCCAGGCGUCCUCGAUAUCCCACAACUUGGUAGAGGAGUGGGAGGGCCCGUCGCCUUCGAUACGGACUCUCAUUAGUCCUCCCCUCCGCUCGCCGCGGCGAAGACCGGCAGAAAGCAUGUCACGGUUCAACGAAACGCACAGAAUCAACGCUGAAAAAGCUUAUGAAUUCGUAGAGGAAGCUGAAACGAAAUGCGAGAAGCUCAGUAUGUUUCGAAAACGACGAUUAGCCGAUAAGAAAUAUGAAUUCUCCGAGGACAACAACGAGAAUAUAGUCCCAUACAGGGUAUUAAGGAGUAACAGAAAGUAUUUUAUAGGUUCUACUAGUAAGAGUCAACCGCGACGUCCGAAAUCCCCACCGGUCGAGUGUGUGGUUCUCAGAGCACAUAACCAGAUCAGCAGGCCACCGUCUCCGACCACUAGUUCAUAUAUGAAAUCUUCUAGCUUGUCUAUUGAUUCGGAUCGAAAUAGCGAGUCCGAAUAUAGAGUUAUGGAAAUGCUUGAUGAUGGGUCGCUUAAAACAGUCGCAGUCCACGACAACACAUCCAAGACGCUCUCCGACUGCCCGGUCAGCCCUCAAGACCCGUAUUUAGUACAUUCUGAAAAUUCCAAAUGUAGCAAAUUCUUCACUAGAUAUUUUGUGGAAAGCGAUGAUGAAAUAACGUCCAUAAUUACUGAUUCUGAAGACGACUGCAUGUCGGGCUACCACGUAGCCUUGCAUCUUACGGCGCACGGGGCAGGUUACGCGCCUUUACAAGCAGUAGGAUCCGGCGCGUGGGACCGCAUCCGUAUGAAUGGGACCCCGCACCCGCCGCUAACUGUGCGCGCGAGGCAACGCUCGCUGGACACGGAGUUACUCUGCAACGAAGUGUGCGGCCGCCUCUGUCAGAUCAACGGGAACAAGUUCAUAUACUGCUUCGACUGGGGCUGCCACGUCAUCGACGUCUGCCAGUCCAGUGGGUGCCUUUCUGGGUUGUGCGCGAUGUGGUUAUGGGCGAGUGUAGAAGAGGGCGCCGCUGAAUGCGACGCGUGCAAGGACGCGAGCGCCGGCUGUCUGACGCACCGCCGCCAGUACGCCGCUGAGUGUCUAUUUGUAUGGGACCUUGUGAGCGGAGUCUAUAGGACUGAAAGGGCAACCAUGACAGAAGACACCAGCCAGGAAGGUUCCAGAGUUUCAGGCGCUGACAGAGCCCGGGAGCUGGCGAAGAAACUUGGGCCCAUCAAUAUGCCGCCUGGAAACGAAAACAGGUUGCUCACCACAUUAACGGGGAAAUCGCUAAAAAGACUGACUGAUGUGGACAACUGCAUCGAGAUAACAAAGAACCAUCCGGACAGUUCCGAAUCGGAGUCAUCUUCCGAAGAGGACAGUGAUUUUGACUGA